UCGCUGCUCUUUCUUCUUCUCGAUUCAAAACUCCAAGCCCCUUCUCCCCUCCCCACCCCACCCCCCAAAACCCUACCACAUCCUCCUCCACCGGCGCCAGCCAUGGCGUCGCGUCGCUCCCGUGACGCCCGCGACCCGGUGCUGGACAUGGUCUUCCAGGCGGCCUCCGGCGACAACCUCCCCCUCUUCAAGGCGCUGGUCACGGUGCUGGACAUGGGCAGGGGCCGCCCCAAGGAGGCGAUUGAGGCGUUGAGGGUGCAAGAGGCUGGGAAGCUCCAAGGUUUCAGCGCGCUGCACGUCGCCGCCACUAGAGGGAGCCUGCGGGUGUGCAGGUACCUCGUCGAGGAGCUGCUGAUAGAUGUGGAUCUGGUCGACAAGGAAGGUAGAACACCUCUGUUGUUUGCAACAUACCACAAUGGGGGUACUGCCGAGUAUCUUCUUGAUCAUGGUGCUGAUCAAGACAAAGCCAAUAAUGAUGGGAUUUCCCUGUUACAUUAUGCCGCUGAAUCAGGCAAUUGUGAAAUGCUAGAGCUUUUGCUUGCAAAAGGAGCUUAUGUUGACCCGGUAGCUCCUCAUGGAACACCACUUCAUGGUGCUGCUGGUGAAGGGCAAUAUGGUGCUGUGAAGAUUUUAUUGGACCACAAUGCAGAUUACAACAAGAUGGUAAAUGGUGUGACACCUCUUAUGGCUGCUAGAGAUGCCAACUCAACAGAAUGUAUCAAGCUCCUAGUUAAGGUUCAGGAGGAGCCCAUGCUUAAACGGGAAAUCAUGGCAUCAGAGCUUAUAUCACUAGGGAGUAUCUCUUUAAAGAAGAAAGAUUAUGCUGUUGCAGCAAAAUUGUACAGUCGGGCAAUGCAGCUUGAUCCUGAUGAUGCAGUCUUGUUCUCAGACAGGAGCUUUUGUUGGCUUCACAUGGGCGAUGGAAGAAAGGCUUUGCUAGAUGCUAAUAAAUGCAGAAAAAUGCGGCCUCACUGGCCAAAAGCUUGUCGCCAGCAGGGUGAAGCUCUGAUGCUACUGAAGGACUAUGAGGGCGCAAGUGAAUGGUUCUUGGAUGGUCUCAAAUUGGACCCAGUGGACACUGACAUCGAGGAUGCAGUACGGGAAGCUAUGAAGUCCUUGAAGGAAGGGGAGCCUUGGCGCAGUGGUAAAGCUGCUGCCUUGUGACCAUGAGGUCAUGGGUUCAAGUCCUGGAAACAGCCUCUUACAAAAAUGUAGGGAAAGGCUGCGUACUAUAGACCCAAAGUGGUCAGACCCUUCCCUGGACCCUGCGCAAGCGGGAGCUACAUGCACCAGGUUUGCCCUUUUUAUGAAGUCCUUGAAGACGUCUCGGAGCACGAAAGCCAGGUGACUGUUUGGGUGUCGCAGGGAAAUCAGUUGAAGACUUGAAAACGGCUCAGGAGUUUCUUCAUUGCGCAAAGACUGGUUUCCUUUAUUAGAAAGUAAAGCGAAGUGUCUGAUGGGAGUAUUACCGUUGCAAGUUUGUAUGAGCUUGGCUGUUGAUCAAUGCAGUAAUGUUGGUGGAAGCUCGUCAGUUGCCAUCUAUCUAUCCUAUGUCAGGUUUGCGGGUCUUGUAUGAAGCUCACUCGCCCGCCGCACGCCGUGUGCCGCGUCCACCAAAAGAUCGCAGCCUUUGCAUUUGUCUUGUUAGUACAAUGUAUGUAGUGACGACGGAGGAGAGGGAUAUGUUUUGUUGGUUUUCUUCGUCCUGUGGCUGCACAAGAAGAGGAGAGCAUAGUAUAUAUAUAUACAAAACCUUUUAUGGUAUCAGUAAACUGUUAGCCGAGUUUAAUAGUUUCUGCAUAUAUUUGGAUGUUCAUUCAGGCAGCCCAUUCAGACUAGCAAACUGCUUUGGUAUUAGGGAGCUCAUCUGUAGCUUUAAUUUA